GAGAUUUAGCCCAAGCCAGUAAGAAAGAGAGAGAACACCUUGAGGUCUUCUUUCCCGCGGCUAUGCCUACUCGAUUCUGCUCGCUGAGCCAGUCACUCCCAUUUCUUUCUACACCUUCUCUCUCUCCCCCUUUUUGCCUUUCUCCUGAAGCAAUAUCUUCUUUUCAUGCACCUCUGCCGUCAUCUUCUCUCGCAUCAUCUAUCACCCAUCAUCCAUCAUUCGGAUCAGCCCAUCGAAACUCAAAUCCAGCACAGGUUGCAACUGCUUUUCUCCAUUAAGUACUUCCCCACUGGCAAUCCACAAUCACAAGGCAGUGGAGAGAGAGGGUCUCCGAGGCUGUUGUUCGGUCCCUCAGGCUGUACUAUUAUAUAGUGUUCUCAUCCACCCACGUCUGCUAUCAUCCGCU